AUGCGUGGUUUGUUAGCAUAUAUUGUAGUUACUUUGUGUUUCUUUUUAACUUAUGUUUCUGGAUUGAUUUCGUUAAUAACCCCGUUUUGGUUAUCAAAUCCGCUUACAACUUAUGGUUUGUUUCAGCAAUGUGUAACAUUUAAAGGAGAAACGAAAUGUACGGAAUUCCCUUCAGAAGAAAAUGAUGAUUGCGUGGAGGAAGGAUUUUGUGAAGAAUGGUUUAAAAUUAGAUAUUAUAUGAUACUUGCAGCUGUAAUUGGAGGAAUUAAUUUGAUUUUUUGUAUGUUUAUAUUAUUAAGCCGUAAAUUUCAUAAUGAACAUGCUUGGAAAGUUGUUUUUGCUUUAACUUUAUUUUCUUCACUUGUUCAAAUGUCUUCAGUUGAAUCAGUUGAUGAAAUUGCUCCUCAUUUCGGAGAACAUGUUGAAAAUGAUAUAAGUUAUUAUCUUGCUAGUUAUUCUUCUUUUUAUAAUUUUCUAUUAGCUUGUCUUUUGUUCGUGGUUGGUUUGACAUAUAACCCUUCAUAUGAGCGCAUAAAUUAG